GCGCUACGGGACGGACGGUCAACUGGAAGGGCUACGGACGGCGCGCACGGUUGGGCGUUCAAUCGUUUAGUAUCCUGCCUUUUCGGAUCUGCUUUUGGCGGUUUAAUGCGAAAUUCGAAUCUUGGAAUUAAUAAUAAGCUAAUGGUGAUCGUUUCGAUGGGGCUCGUUAUCUGUGAAAUAUGGCUUCUAAAAUUGUGAAUAAUGUGAAGAACAAGUGAUCGUAAGAUUGGAUACAUAAACGAAUAUGUUGGCAGAACAAAAGAAUCCUAUCUAUUGGAUUUAAAAAAAAUUGAGGUUAUUGGUGAUCAAUAUUUGGAAUUAAAAAAGCCGGUUCGAAGAAGAUUUGAAAUUAAUUGAGUGUUAUAAGUAUGUGGACGGAUAUUGGAUACAUUACCAAAAUAAAAACGUAAAAGCAGCGAAAACGCACAAGGUAUGAAUGAAAAGUGUAAAUAGUCUAGUGGGAGACCACGGGCCUGGCUGUCGACCGCCAACGGACAACCACGUCAUCGAUUUACAUCACCCAUCGGAGUAUCGUAUGAUCGACUGCGUAGCCAAUAGACUCACCGGUCGAAGAGAACGGAUAAUAGGAGAAGCCAUAACAACCCGAUCAUUAUCCGCACCAGCCAGCGUGAAAACUGCGCGAAGCUCUGAGAGGAAAACUCACCGGUGGUGAGCGUCGUCUGCGCAAACAAGCCCUCAAGAUACGCGUGAAGAACAAGUGCAACUAACCAGGCGCACCAGAAACAGAGAGCCGCAGUAGUGAUCAAUGAUUGUGCUGAAAGUGAAAGUUAAGAAUCUGCUAAACAUGAAGAUUGAAAUCAGAAAUCUGUUUCUGCUCACGAUUGUGACCACCCUGCUGAAUCUGGCCGCGGCUACAAGUUCUUCGUCCUCCAGCAGCCUACAGAGCUUGGACGAGUUUAAUAGUUCUCCAACGCGUCACAAUCAUCGGCACCACCCGUCAACUCAUCAGCAGCAGCAGCAGCCCCAGAAGGACAACUUCAUCCUGAUAGACUAUCUGAGCGACGGCGAAAGGGAGCGCCGCAUCAGUUGGAACGGGAUAACUGGCAAAGAAACCAGCAUCGGUGAUGUGAGUAAAUCGCUAAGCCUGUGGCAACUGUCGGACGGCAAAAGCUUCAUCCAAAUGAUCUACACCAGCGACGGUCAGCUCAUGGAUUGCGAAUACAUACGCCAGAAGAAGCUGGUCCUAACGUUUCUGCAGCGAUUCUACGAGGAGAUCGAACAAGCCCGGGCUCGCAACUUCACGUCAAUCCUAACGGUUCCAAAGAAUCGCCACCCGCUCGUUUCGGAUCACGAUUUCCGGGAGUUCAUCGAUAACGGAAUCGUCACCUCCGAGAUGGAAGAGCUGCAGUACAACGUGCAGGAAUUUGCCGACGGGCAGACCCUAGCCGCGGCCGGCGAUGCAUUCGGACUCCGAAAUCUCACCUACAUUCCGAUCACGAGCGAAGAUGAAAUUCCGAAGGAUCUCCACAAACAGCUAAACUACCGAAGACUGAAGCAUCAGUGCGAUCAGCGGCACGUUCAGAUGCGAGAUCUCGCCCACGGAUUGCAAAGCAGCGAUCCACAGGAAAAGCAGUCCGCUGGCGAAACCUUGCAGAGACAGCGCCGGGAUCUGUCCAGCAUGCUCCGAAUACCGGGCACCAAGUGGUGCGGGAAAGGUUGGAGCGCGCGGAGCUACGUCGAGAUGGGCGGACUGUCGAAGGCAGAUCGGUGCUGCCGUCAGCACGACCUGUCGUGCCCGUUUUGGAUCCUGGGCUUCGAGACCAAGUACGGUGUGUUCAACUGGCGGGUUAACACGCUGAUGCACUGCAGCUGCGAUGAGAGGUUCCGCACCUGCCUCAAAACGGCCGACUCCAGUGAUGCCAACAUGGUCGGCAAAGUAUUCUUCAACAUCGUACAAUCGAAGUGCUUCGUACUGAAGCCGGAAACCAUGUGCACCAAAACCUCGUGGUGGGGAAAAUGUGAGAAGAAGGUCCGCAGGAAGCGAGCGCACAUUCGUGAUAAUAGGAAAUAUUAGAGCUAAACAAAUUCAUCGCUAACUUUGUUGCCAGAAUAUGCAGAAAUCAGCUCACAGCAUCAACCAGUGGCGUCAAAAAGGUGUUGGAACGAAUAAAAAUAUCCAAUUCAAGGGUCCCAAGCUCUGGAUAUGCAUUUGCACAACACCCAAACAAUUUCAUCAGAACUGUGUUGUUUUCUGGCGACUUUACCAAAUCAAAAACACAUGCUAUUAGCAACAAGGACUGGAAAUCCCAAGGAGGACUAUAACGAUGUUAUUUAUUGUAUAGACCACUAAGUUUAUUUAUCAAUAGCACAAGUUGGUGCCCGUGGCAUCUCAACAACUGACUCCUUGAGACAACGAUGAUUCCUAUUAAUUAUAAGAACAGUUGUAGGCGACAAAUGUUUCUCUUUUUGUGUCUUAAAAAAUCAAAAACCGAUUCAAAUGCCAAUGUACUUGUACUAUUCGCAAAAGUCCCAUCAUUAUUCAUUGUGCCGAGCUGCUAUUUCAAUCUACCAUUUAUUAUCGUGCGAAUUCCAUGACAACUCGAGCAACCGAAAUAGUUGUAUUGUAAAUAAACAUUGAACAUUUGUUCUCAUCAUUCUCCAUCUAUUUAUUUUCGACAAAUCAUAAGCAAGCUAGGGUCUGAAAAUUUUAAUAAAAUCAAAGAUUUGUUAAGCCAUUUAAAUUUUUCUAGGCAUAGAGUUAAUGUAGGAGCUUAGCAAAAUAAAACAAUAGAUGAUUUUUUUGAAAUUAUUCACUUGUAUAAAUGUAAAUACAAACAAAACAGGUAUUUAUAGUUUUAACGUAGUUUUACAGUAGGAUUUUGAAUAAAUAUCUCCACAAAAGUGAUAAAACAUGUAUGAAUGCCUCGGUGUGUUUGAGUAUGGAUGAUAAAACUAAACAUAAUUUUAAUGAAAGUGUUCCAAUUACACAGGAAGCCCACUUAAUAAGUUAAAUAUGUAACUACAUAAGAAGCAUCGAAACUUGGAAAAUAUUGUUAAAAUGGACAAUGUAAAUAAAAUAACUGAAGAUAUGUCAA